AUGUCGAAAUUGGAAGAGCAAUUGAAAGCUCGAUUGGCAGCUCGUGAGAAACGAUCUCAGCUACGGAAAUUGACGACUUUCCCUGCUGAAAACGUCGAUUUUUCUUCCAAUGCGUACCUGUCACUCUCUUCAGUCCCCGAGGUUCGCAGCGCCUAUCACUCCCUCGUUGAGAACCACGCCGCACCACCUCCACUGCUAGGCUCAGGCGGCUCACGGCUGCUCGACGGCAAUUCGAAGCUUGCAGAGGAUUUAGAGCGCGACAUUGCAGCAUUUCACAACGCACCGGCGGGACUGCUUUUCAAUUCGGGGUUUGAUGCUAAUGUUGGGCUCGUGAGCUGUUUGCCGCAGCCUGGGGAUGUGAUUGUUUACGAUGAGCUUAUUCAUGCUAGUGCUCAUGAUGGGAUGAGGUUGAGCCGGGCGGGAGAGAAGAUCUCUUUCAAGCAUAAUUGCGUGGAGGGUGAUGGUGGGCUUGAUUCUAUCCUCAAACGUUUGGGACGUGAGAGGUCUGUUUUUGUUCUUAUGGAGGGGGUCUACAGUAUGGAUGGCGAUGUCGCUCCUCUGAAAGAGAUCGUCGACUGUGUCAAAGGGCGGCUACCAUCCAAUGGCUAUAUCAUCGUGGACGAGGCACAUUCCACUGGUAUUUUUGGCAGCCAAGGGCGAGGUCUCGUUUGCGAAUUGGGUCUCGAGAAGGACAUUUUCGCACGAUUACAUACCUUUGGAAAAGCUAUGAGUUCUUUUGGAGCCAUUGUUUUGUGCUCAGAAAUCACACGAGAGUAUCUAAUCAAUUACGCCAGAACUCUGAUAUACACAACCGCAAUGCCCUUCUCGUGCCUCGCGAGUAUUGGAAUAUCAUAUCAGUAUCUACAGAGUGGGCGAGCAGAUGCUCGACUGGCACAUCUAUGGGACCUAGUCAGUCGUACCCAUAAGCUACUGUCCUCAGUAAGCUCAACAACUCAAUCGAUUCAUGUCAAUCAAGCGCCAAAGUCACCCAUAAUUCCUGUGUUCACAUCAGACCCACGGGGGCUGGCUCACUUUUGCCAAGACAGAGGGUUUACUGUUCGACCUAUUGUGGCGCCUACAGUACCGAAAGGUAGCGAGAGGGUGCGAAUAUGUCUACAUGCAGGAAAUACAAUUGGAGAGGUUGAAGGAUUAGUUAGAGCUAUCAGUAUCUGGGUAAAAUCGCAAGACGGUGGUGCGAAACUAUAG